AUGGGAAAACUCCUUCAAUUGCUUGCCCACCCAACCGAACUCAAGGCGGUGGUGCAGCUUCAGUUGUUUAGGGAAUCAUCCCACCCGCACGAUCUAUCCGAGUCUCCUCAGACAUUGAAACGUUCCUACCAGCUUUUGGACGCGACUUCCAGGUCCUUCGCUUCCGUGAUCAAGGAAUUGCACCCUGAGUUGCGUGAUUCCACCAUGAUCUUCUACUUGGUGCUAAGGGCUUUGGACACCAUAGAGGAUGACAUGACGAUCGACCCGCUGAUAAAGGUGCCGUUGUUGCGUAACUUUCACGAAAAGCUUAACACAAAGGACUACACUUUCACCGGCAGCGGGCCCGAUGAGAAGGACAGAGCCGUGUUGGUGGAGUUUGACACCAUUUUGGCCGAGUACCACCGCUUGAAGCCCGAGCACCAGGACAUUGUCAAGAAGAUCACACUCAAGAUGGGCAACGGCAUGGCAGACUACAUUGUGGACGAGAACUUUAAUACGAAUGGCGUGGCUACUGUUGCCGACUUCGACUUGUACUGCCAUUACGUGGCUGGCUUGGUCGGCGAGGGCUUGUCCGACUUGAUGGUUUUGGCAGGAUUUGCCGACAAGCAGGUGCAAGCCGAUGAAUACCGCUUGUCCGAGAGCAUGGGUUUGUUUUUACAGAAAACCAACAUCAUUCGUGACUACCACGAGGACUUGGAGGACGGCCGUUCCUUCUACCCUAAAGACAUUUGGUCCAAGUACACUGAGGCUUUGCCCAAUUUCCACAAGAACGAGACCGAGAGGGAGCUGGGCGUUCACUGCAUCAAUGAGUUGGUGUUGAACGCGUUGGGCCACGUUACCGACGUGUUGACCUACUUGUCAUUGAUCACGGAAUCCACCAGCUUCAACUUCUGCGCCAUUCCUCAGGUGAUGGCCAUUGCCACCUUGGCAGAGAUUUUCAACAACAAAGAGGUGUUGGAGCGUAAUGUGAAGAUCAGAAAGGGAACCACAUGCAAGCUCAUUCUUAAUUCCAGGACGCUCCCAGAUGUGGUGAACAUUUUCAAGCACUACGUGCGCGUUAUCAACAAAAAGCUGGACGUUAAGGACCCCAACUACUUGAAACUUGGCAUCAAGCUCGGCGAGAUUGAGCAGUUUUGCGAGGACAUGUACCCCAGCCCCAAGGCUGUGCCUGCUGGUGCUGAAAGAGCGCCCAAGCCCAUUGCAGAGAACAUUCUCAAACGUGGUGAUUUCGACAUGAAGAUCGCCAAGCAGGUGAGCUCAGAGACGGCAAUGUGUGACUUGCUGCUUGUGGCCGCCUUCAUUGCGCUCGUAUCUCUCGUGAGGUGGGUGCUCAACUGA